AUAUUUUACAGUUAAGGUCACGUGGGCACGCUAUACGCCGGUCGCCAUCGCGGAAACUAUCUGUUAAUUUCGCUCAAUAUAUCUAUUAAAUUUCGACAUUUUCACUCAAAAACAACGAUCAAAAUGAGUGAUAAAGCCGAAUUAAGCCGUGCAGGGACAAUGGUAGCUACAGCUAAGGAAGGAAAAGCCUUCCUGGAAAAAAAUCUGACCGAAUGGAAGAAACCCUACCUAAUGGACGACAAAAAAGUCGGGAAAAAAGCCAAAAUGGCGAAACAGGGAACUAUGAAAGCAACCGCAAAGGAAGGAAAUGCCCUUCUGGAUUCUGCAGGCCGUCCAGAUGAAGAUGCCCAUACAAGAGGGCAGCAAAAGAAAAUUGAAGAUAUUAAGGGUGAGAAAAAAGGCACUAAAAAAAAGGGAGCCCCUAAGAAAAUGUCAUCCAUGGCUAAAACUGCUGCGGAAGCUAAAGCCCUUGUUGGAAAGGAUUUGGAUUUGUCAGGAGGUCGUCAACUGCGUAAACGUCCUCCAGCGCCCGAAAAAGCUGAAGCUCCACCCAAGAAAGCAAAGGCAAAAGCACCCGCUAAAAAAGCCGAGUUGAAAAAGGAGGGAACUAUGCAGAAAACGGCCAAGGAAGGCAAAGAAUUCCUUAAACGUGGAAGAAAACCAAAAGCUGGGAAGAAUAAAGGUAAAGCCGCAGCCAAGAAGAACGAAAAAGAAAAAGAUGACGAAGAAGAGAAAGAUGAGACCAGUUAACUUUUCACAGAAAAAAAGUGUUAAAAUCCAACAUUGAUGGAUUUAUUUCAAUGUUAUAUAUUAGAUCUCGUCUAUUCAGUAAACCAUACAUUUUCUACUAACAUUAUUAAAAAAAAAAGUAGUAAUAAGUGUGCUUGUGUUUGUUGUGCUUGUGAAAAUUUUUAUUUUCGUUAUUCUGUCUCUAUGUUUAUAGUGACAUGGAAAGUUAGUAUCUUGUAAGUUUCAACAGUUUUUUUUACCAAAAAAAAAAAAAUACAAGCAAUCAGCAUUUUUGAUGGUUUGUUAAUUGUGGUUGUCCACCUCUAUUUCUCAAGAAGACAAGAAAUAUUCGAACAAUACAUUAAAGGCCCAAUAGUGGACAUGCAUAAGCUCCUAUGGCUAAGGAACGAUACAGGAAGUCGAGGAUUACUUGUCAUUAUCACAAACAAUAUACAUUAUAGAGAGGUAGAAGAAAGAAUAAUACGUAAAUAGAAAUAGCACACUGUAACUUUUCAUCAAGUAUAUGAUUUAAUUGAAUAUUCAAUUCCUACCAAAGUAAGGCCAGAUUCACUUUUUCUUUACAAUUUCUUAUUAACUCGCAUAAUUGUUGUAACAUUCUUAUAUAAUGCUUUAAUCUGGCUCGAUUUGUUUCGCAAAUCUUCUUAACACCGUGAACUUUUUUAACGUCCGGUUGGCCAUCUUCUCUAAGCGGUGUGAUAUCGUAUGCAUUCGCCGAUUUACCCUCGAAAUAGGCGUCUAAAUUUUCUAAUUUCCUUAGUAAAUUAGGAGAUUGUUUAAUUAUGUGACUGCAUACUGUGCUAUACU